UUGGACAGUUCCACUUCUCUGCUGGCCUGCCACAAGGCUACAGCGGCGGCGGCUGCUUCGCCGGCCGGCCGGCCGCCCCCUCCUGUAGCGCGCUGAGCAAGUCAAGUAAGAUGGCCGGCGAGCGGCGCGGUCUUGCCAUCGGGAUCGAUCUGGGCACGACUUACUCCUGCGUCGGGGUCUGGCAGAAUGGGGGCGUCGAGGUCAUCGCCAAUGACCAAGGCAACCGAACCACCCCAUCGUACGUUGCCUUCACCGGCUCCAGGCUCCUCGUGGGGGAUGCUGCCAAGAACCAGGCCGAAAUGAACCCCAGCAACACAAUCUUCGAUUCCAAGCGGCUCAUUGGUAGAAGAUUUAGCGAUGCUUCUGUACAGAGUGACAUUAAGCACUGGCCCUUCAAGGUCAUUCCUGGACCUGAUGACAAGCCUAUGAUAGUUGUUCAAUACAGGGGUGUGGAGCAGCAGUUUGCAGCUGAAGAAAUCUCCUCGAUGGUCCUCGUCAAAAUGCGGGAGAUUGCUGAAGCCUAUCUUGGCACCACAGUCAAGGAUGCUGUUGUCACUGUUCCUGCCUGCUCUACCGACUUGCAGAGACAGGCCACAUGGAAUGCAGGAGUGCUUGCAAAUCUUAAUGUUAUACGCAUCAUCCCUGAGCCCACUGCUGCUGCCUUGGCUUAUGGUCUUAAUAGGAAGGCUGCCCAGAUUAUGGGUGAAUAUGACGUUCUCGUGUUUGAUCUUGGAGGUGGUACCUUUGAUGUCUCUGUUCUCGCAAUUGAACAGGGUAUCUUUGAGGUCAGGGCCACAGCUGGUGCUGCUCACCUUGGAGGUGAGGACUUCGACAACAGGAUGGUAAACCACUUUGUCGAGGAAUUCAAGAGAAAGAAGAAGAAGGACAUUAGCGGCAACCCUAGGGCUCUCAGGAGGCUAAGGACAGCCUGCGAGAGAGCGAAGAGGACCCUCUCCUCCUAUUUAGAGGCGAGCAUUGAGAUUGAUUGCUUGUAUGAGGACAUCGACUUCUACUCAGCCAUCACCCGUGCCAGGUUUGAGGAGCUCAACAUGGAUCUCUUCAGAAAGUGUAUGGCGAUUGUGGAGGACUGCCUCAGUGAUGCGAGUUAUGUACGUUCAAUUCAUGAUGUCGUCCUUGUUGGUGGUUCCUCUAGAAUUCCAAAGAUCCAGCAGCUUCUUCAGGAGCUCUUUGAUGGGAAGGAGCUUUGCAACAGCAUCAACCCCGAUGAAGCUGUUGCCUACGGAGCUACUAUGCAGGCUGCUAUCUUGAGCCGAGAGGGUGGCUAUGAGAUCCAGAAUUAUCUCCUGUUGGAUGCUACCCCUCUUUCUCUUGGUUUGGAGACGGAUGGGGGCCUCAUGACCUUCUUCAGCUUGUUCGCUGCGGCUUGCUGCGGCUGCAAUCCGGCUGCGGCUGCGGCUUCUACAGUAUUUUUCUCUCUAUGGAUUGCAGCUGCAGCAGUCCAAACAGCUGCAACAGUGUCGGCUUGCAGCCAACCGAACACGCCCCUUGAUGAUUCCAAGGAAUACCACCAUUCCAACCAAAAAGGAGAGGGUCUUAUCGACUGACUCCGACAACCAGCCUUGUAUCCGAAUCCGAGUGUACGAGGGUGAGGGGUCUAUUACUCGUGACAACCACCUGUUGGGUGAGUUUGAGUUUUCCCUUCUUCCCGCACCUAGCGGCGUUCCUCAGAUCACUGUUUGCUUCGAUGUCGACAUUAACGGUAUCCUGAAUGUCUCCGCUGAGGACAAAACCACUGGCCAGAAGAUGAAAAAAGUCAUCACAAAGAGGUUUCGUUUAAAGCGUUAAUUAUCUGAUCAAUAACUACACGAACUAGACAGUUUUAUGUCCUUUCAUAGGAUUGAUCGUCUCCAAGGUCAAGGCAUAUAGUACUGGUGUUUGUUUAGACAGCCGAUGUCUUAUUUUACUUGCCAAGCUUGGUGGUUGCCUUGUAAAUUGAGCAUUUUAUUUGGAGGUUGUAAACUGUUUAAUACAUCUAUGUGUCUAUGAUCAAAGCAUAAGUGUG